AUGCUACCAUUCAACACUACUGGUCAUCUCAAACACACCUUCACUAUUUUUGUUAUCUUUCUCAUCACUUUCAUGGUGGCAGCAAGCAGCGGUGGAAGAAAGGUAGAUAUGGCAAGCGGCGGUGCACCUACAGGCGCAAGUGGUUCAGGUCAUGGUCCAAACUGGGACUAUGGGUGGGCAUGGGGUUCAGCACCAGGAAGUGGGUGGGGUUAUGGUUCAGGGUCAGGACAUUCUCCUUCUGGUUUUGGUAGAGGUUAUGGGUUUGGUUUUGGAACCGGGACUGGAUCUGGUUCUGGAUAUGGUUAUGGAUCUGGUAGUGGCGGUGCUCAUGGUGGUGGUUAUGGAAGUGGCUCUGGCAACUCUGGUGGUGCUCAUGGUGGUGGUUAUGGAAGUGGUUCAGGUGGUGGAGUGAACGGUGUUGGUAGAGCUAAUAACAACAAGUCACCUUCGGAGUCUAAGGGUAAAAGUAAAACCAACCAUGGAUAA